AUGCCAAAAAGAAAGUUUAGUGAUGAAAAAGAAAAUGAAGAACAUUUGUCAAAUGAAGAUAAUUUUGAAACAUCUGGGAUUUUAAAAGAUACAGAUGAAAAUGUUAGUGAAGAAGAAAUUGUAGAGGAAAUUUUCAAUAAUGAUAAUUUAUUGAGUGAUACAUAUUCAGAUACUUAUCAUCAAAGUGAUUAUGACACAAACCUGGCUGAAUCAGUAAAUGUAAGACAAAAUGAUAUGAUAGAUAACGAUUAUCAGGAUGUUGACUUGGAAAAAGUUCUUUAUGAAAAUAAUCUUUGUAAAAAUUUUAUCGAAAAGCCAUAUUUUGUUGUAUCGGUAAAAAAUCUUUUUAUCAAAUUUCUUAAUUCAUUUAAUAGUAAAAAAUACAUUAAAGAGAUAAAAAAAAUGUGUUCUGAAAAUCUUGAAAGUUUAUAUGUAAGUUUUAUGGAUAUUACGGAAUACAGUGAUGUAUUACUAAAGCUUUUAGAUUUAUAUCCAGAGCAAACACUAGAAAUUUUUGAAUCUGGAUUAGAUCAAAUUGUUAAAACUUAUUUUCCUAACUACGAUCAAAUCAAAAAAAAGUUACAUUGCAGAAUUAUUGGGCUUCCAGUAAGUGAAAGCAUUAGAUCUCUUAGAAAUAAUCAUUUAAAUAAACUAGUAAAAGUUCGUGGUGUAGUCACCAGGCGUACUGGUGUAUUUCCACAAUUUUUUAUUAUUAAAUAUACAUGCAUGAAGUGCCAAGCUACAUUUGGUCCAUUUGUAGCUAAUAGUUCUAAACCCUCGCAUUGUUAUGAAUGUCAAAGUCGAGGACCUUUCAUUAUUAAUAGUGCAGAGACAGUUUACAAAGAUUUUCAAAAAAUUACGCUACAGGAAGUUCCUGGAACAGUGCCGCCAGGUACAUUGCCCCGAUCUAAAGAAGUACUACUUUUUUAUGAUUUAAUAGAUUUAGCAAAGCCAGGUGAAGAAAUUGAAGUUACUGGUAUUUAUAAAAAUAAUUUUAAUGUAUCUUUAAAUAUUAAAAAUGGAUUUCCUGUUUUUUUCACAGUCAUUGAUGCUAUCUCUGUUGACAAGAACGUAGGAAAAGUAGAACUUACUGAAGAUGAUAUCAAAGAAAUCAAAAGAUUUGCUAAAAAUCCGAGAGCCAAAGAAAUUAUUUUUAAUUCAAUAGCACCUGGUAUUUGUGGACAUUACAAUGUUAAAAGGGCAAUUGCUAUAGCUUUAUUUGGUGGUGUAGCUAAAGAGAAGAAUAAUCAUCGUGUUAGAGGUGAUAUUAACGUAUUGCUAUUGGGUGAUCCUGGUACUGCAAAAUCACAAUUUUUAAGAUAUGUUGAGAAGGUUAGUAACAGGGCAGUGUUGGCAACUGGACAAGGUGCUAGUGCUGUAGGUCUGACUGCUUCUGUCAGAAGAGAUCCUGUUGUACGAGAAUGGACACUUGAAGGCGGUGCUUUGGUUCUUGCAGAUAAUGGUGUAUGUCUUAUUGACGAGUUUGAUAAAAUGAAUGAUCACGAUCGUACAUCGAUUCAUGAAGCUAUGGAACAGCAAUCCAUUUCUAUUUCUAAGGCUGGUAUUGUUGCUACGUUACACGCCAGAUGUACUAUUAUUGCUGCUGCGAAUCCUAUAAGAGGUGUUUAUAAUUCGUCUUUAUCUUUUGCGCAAAAUGUAAAUCUUAGUGAUCCCAUUUUGUCUAGAUUUGACAUUUUAUGUGUUGUUAAAGAUGUCAUAGAUUCUACUGAAGACACGAUUAUGGCAAAUUAUAUUCUUGAUUCCCAUGCGGGUAAAAUACGAAGUUUAGUUGAUACUGUAGAUCAUGAGUUUUUAAAAAAAUAUAUUUUAUAUUCUAAAACACAUUUCACUCCAAUAUUUUCUAAUGUUAAUGUUGACAAAAUAUCUAAUUUGUAUUCAGAAUUGAGAAAAGAAAGUAUUUCUUCAGGCUUACCUAUUACUGUAAGGCAUAUUGAGAGUAUUAUUAGAAUUAGUGAGGCAUUUGCUAAAAUAGAAUUAAGGAAUUAUGUCACAUUUGAGGACAUAGAUGAAUCUAUAAGUGUAGUUUUAGAUUCAUUUAUGGGUGCACAAAAAUAUUCGGUAACAAAAAGCAUGAAAAAGAAAUUUCUUAAAUAUUUCAAAAAGAGUAACAUUGAAGUCAUAAUUUUUAUAAUUAAAGAAAUGUUUAAUGAAAGAUUACGAGCUUAUAAUUCUAAUUAUAUUUACAAAGAAGAACUUGAAAAACAGUUAAAGGGAUAUGGACUUAGCUGUCCUCUUAAUUUUUUUGAAUCUAAAGAAUUUAUUGAAAGCGGGUUUGUGUUUGAUAACGAAAAAAAUUUUAUAUUAAAAAAUGUCUAA